UCACUUAUCAAUUUUAUAAACAAAGAUUUAGAUUUUAGACGUAUAGUCGUAUACUUACAGUCAGUGUAGAUACAGUGCAAAUAAGAAGGCGACGUGUACGUUUUAAAUCCGGGUAAAUAGGCAUCGCCACUCGUCAGCAAAAUAUACGUAACUCAUAAAGUCAUAAUGGACCUUCAAAGUGAAGCUGUUACGGGAUUGAUAAGACAUCUUACUGUGGAUGAACUUCGAUCGUUAAUGAAUGAUGACACCAGGCUAUCGGAAAUGAUAGCUGACCUGCCUCAGAUGCGAGUGCUGAGUCAAGAACAGGAAAUGCUUUUAGUGGCCAACAAAAGUUUAGCUGAACACAACAUCUCAUUGGAACCCAAGCUCACCGAGGGCAAGCGGGCACUGAUAGCAGAGUAUGAAGAAGCGUCCAAGUUGGCGAACUCAAUUACCAGCUUGAAGGCAGCAGCAGACAGCUCAAGCGGGCAGUACAAGCCUGACACGAUCCAAGCGCUGCUGCAGACGGCAGCGCAUGAGAAGGAAGAGGAAAGCGAGAAAGUGAUUCAGGGAUUCCUGGAUAAAGAGCUAAGCGUAGAAGACUUUUUAUCGGAAUUCAUCGAGAAACGCGCAAUGGCGCACGUGAGAAGAAUAAAAGCUGAAAAAGUAGCGGAACUUAUCCGUUGCGGCAGCUUUAGCAACGGUGCUGCAUCAGCUGCACCAGGUCCGGCGGCGCCGACACCAUACCCUCCACUACCGUACCCCACUGGCAGCAGCACAGGUCCGGCGCUGCCAUAUCCAUCUUCCUUCAACAUGCCCAUGCCAGGCUUUUAAGUCAAAUGCAAUCCUUUUAGCUCGAUAUUUGCUUCACUGAAUGUGAAAUGAAAAUGGCUUUGCAAAAACCAUUUACGCCAACUGAAAUUAAUUUAUCAAUUUUCCGUGUGUAAAUGAAGUCUCAAAAUAGUUGCUUAUUUUCAUGCGUCAAGUUAUAUUAGACGCUUGUGAAUACGGAGGCAGGAAAGUGCUGAUUUUAAUUCUACCAGCCGGUAAAUUUAUCAGCGCUUAGCAGCACAAUUUUAUCCUAAUCCAUUGUUCUAGUUCAUCAUACUCCGAUCAUACAUCUCGUAGAAAAUAAUAAAUUGUGUCUCAUCUUGUUGAUUUAUAUCACGUGGCUUUCAUGGAUUUUUUUUUUUUGCUAUUUUUAACUUGGAAUACAAAAGCGUGCCUUCAAGAUGAUGGAGCUCGAGCGAAACUCCUUAGCGAUACAGCACAUGAACUACGUACGCAACACUUGCAAUUGUUCUCUUACUUGUUGAGAAAAAUGCGGCAGGAAGCAGAAUACUCGAAGAGAUUCAUAAUCGAAGUUAGUCAAGUUGCUUCAAUUACUCAGCCUGAAACUUCUAUAGUAGUCAUAGGUGUAGUCGUUUCUUAAAUACAAUUAAUAUUAAUCCGUUUACGUAGACAGUUCAAGGAUAUUGCAGUACAUUCAAGUAAGAAAAAUCAACUCGAUUACCGAAUAGUCAAGUAGAGUGAUAAUAAACUUAUCUUUCA